AUGUUGCAACUAACGGUUGAGGACUUAACGCCUGAGGCAAUUGCUGCGUUGGAGGUGCAGUGUAAGGCACAAGCUGAAAAAGUUAACCAGCUGGAGGAGGCGAUGGGUCUUUUGCAGAAGGAGUUGGACGACGCGCGGAAGAAAUAUCGUAGCACAUCCAAAGCGGUUCAAUGGCGUCGUCUAAUGGCAGAAGUGGAGAAUGACGAGGAUAUCGCAAACAUCACAGUAAUGAUGCAAGAGGCGUUGGCUGAUUUUUAUAAAACAAUGCAACCACCAGAUGACUACGAUGAGAGUAGAGAAGGCAUUAGCUUCUGCGAUACAGAUGACUAUGCAGACCUAACUUCAGUAGAGACGAAAGUUGAUGAGUUCUUGCUUGCGAUUCGGAGAUUGGUAGGUGAAAAUUGUGCAUCUCCGGAGGAUGAUGGAGAUCGACGACAUCAGCGCCGCCGUGCACUUCUCAUGUUAUUAGUUUUAACGAUAAAUGCAGCACGCAUAACAGACACUCCCACAGAGGAUGCUGCCUCACUUAUGGAGGAGCAACAGGACAAUAUCGCAAGUUUAUGGCAAACAUUAUUACACACGGAUUCAGGCUUGGUGGAGGCCGAGAAGUCGGAAUGGAAAGAUAUUGUUUCAUCUUUUUUGGGUCCUCCGUAUGAUACAUCAACGUGA